AUGCCCUCAAUAGUUCCUCCAUCCUCUCCUCCAGUCGCGAAGCGACUUCGUCAUCAAACUAAGUGUUCACGCAGACAGCCAUAUCUGCCUUCGCUAGUGCCAACUCCUCCUUUCAAUGCACUAGAACUUCUCGGAUGUGCCUUUCCUUGGCGCUGUUGCAAGUCCAAGUCUCCAAAGCGCAAUCCACCUCAUUAUCACCUCAUCCUCAAAGCCUUACGUCGUCAAGUCAAGCCUCAAAGAGUACAGUUCUAUCGGAAGACGGCAAGAACAAAGGAAAAGAAAAGAAAAAGGCAACAUAAGCAAGCCAAAAAGCAAGCAACAAGUGUUCCCCAUCAUUGGAACUCACCUUCAGAUGAAGAGAUCCUCGAAGACUACACAAGGAACAAGCAUCAUUUCCUUCACUUGAGCUUCAUCCAGAUCGACGCCCAGUAUGGAGUUGACCUUGACCAGUUUGUUCGAAGUGUCGAUCCUCUCAAGCAAUACCAUCAAAUAGCAGCCCUGUCAAAUCCUCUAUGGUUGCUGCACACCAAGUCCGAAGAAAAAGAAGUCAAAACGACUCUCAAGGCAGCUAAGUCGAAUGCUGCAACCUUGUCUCGAGCUGUCAACGCCGCUAUCUCUCAGAUUGAUUGUCAUAUUCCGCGGUUGCCUGACACUCUCCACCAUCAGUCGGUCUACCUCUCCGACAACUCUAAUAUUCCGAUGGUCAUCGAUACCGGAGCAUCUGUCUCAAUUACACCUCAUGAGUCAGAUUUCAUCUCUAAAGUCCGCCCUAGCCCACUCAAAUCUAUCAAUGGCCUCCAAGGAUCGUGUGAGGUUGUGGGAAGUAGAACAGUUGAAUGGACUGUUAGAGACGUCUAUGGAUCCGUGCGACGGAUCAGAACUACGGCUUACCUGGUUCCAUCUGCACAGAUUCGAUUGUUCUUACCACAGUGCUACUUCCAAGAGACAAAGGGAGCUGGUUCCCUUUUCUUGAACCACCGCAAAGUUGUCCUCACGCUCGCCGACGAAUCGGAACUUGAGUUUCCAUUCCAAUCAAACAAUAUUCCAAUGAUGUUGGACGCGAGUGCCCACUACGCUGGACUAGGCUUUGAAGAAGCCAACAUGCUCUGUGAAGAACAAGAGGUGUUAGGAAUGCUGUCAGUCGGAGCUGAAAACAAUCAAAAUCUUACCGCUGGUGAGAAAGAGAUGCUGCUUUAUCAUGCCAAGCUUGGGCAUGCUCACUUCAAAUGGAUUCAGCAUCUCCUAGCACAACCUAACGAUCCGAAUCACGAAGCAAUCUUACCAUGUCGCCAUAAAGGAGCAAGUAAAUCACAACGGACCAUCCUCUGUGCCGCUUGUGAACUUGGCAAGCAAGUGCGACGAACUCCUGAAUCACAACAUGCCUUCGAUGAUCGGGAAAUGGCUAUUCGAGAGGGAGAUCUGACACCGGGUGCCAAAGUUUCCAUCGAUAGCUACGUUUCCUAUGUACCUGGUAGAUUACCGCAUACCAAAGGAAAAGAAAAGAAGAAGAAUCAGUACUCAGGGGGUACUAUCUUUUGUGACCACGCUUCUGGUGCAAUCUUCAUCUUCAAUCAAGUUUCUCUUCGUGCAGGCAAAACUCUGAUGGCAAAGCACAAGUUUGAGCGAUGGGCAAAAGCCAACAACGUACCGGAUAUCAAGAGUUAUCGAGCAGACCACACGCCCUUCAACUCUGCAACUUGGCAACAUGAUCUUGCCUUGAAGAAGCAGACAAUUGAUUUCAGCGGUGUUGGGGCUCAUCAUCAGAAUGCAGUCGCCGAACGUGCAAUUCAAACGGUUACUAAGUGGGCUCGGACCAUGCUUCUCCACCAGGUCAUUCACUGGCCUGACGAAGCGGACGUCCACUUAUGGCCCUUUGCUAUGGAACAUGCAGCAUACAUCUGGAACAACCUUCCACGUCAUGACACUCGGUUAGCACCACUGGAAAUCUUCAGCCAAUCAAGGUUCCCCAACUACAAUUCUCUACAUCGCCUUCACGUCUUUGGAUGUCCUACCUAUGUCCUUGAUCCAAAACUUCAAGAUGGAAAGAAGCUUCCUAAGUGGAAUCCUCGGUCAAGACGUGGAAUGUAUCUUGGCUAUUUGCCUGACCACUCCUCCUCGGUCGCGCGAAUCCUGAACCUUCGAACCAAACAUGUCUCACCACAAUAUCGUUUUGUGUGUGACGACCACUUCAGUACUGUCCCCAACUCAGAUGCAGGGGGUGCGGCCAAUCCUCACCAACUUGAUGCCAAUCAUUGGUUCAAUUUGGUUGAAUCCGGGUACGAGAACUUUCGUGAUACUCUUGACCGUGACGCUCAAGGGCGCCCUAUUGCCCCGCCACUACAAGAUGAAUGGCUAACUCCAACUGAACGUGCCGUUCGACUCCAACGUCGGACCCUCAUCAACAAUCGUUGUCGUGCCCGCCUCCACCAACAAGCCAUCCAGCAUCGCCACCAAGCUCCGCUUCCAGGGGGUAAUAACGGUGGUCAUGCGCCUCCAGUGCCAGUGCAACCUCCAAUUCCUCUGCUACCUGUCAACCAACCGCCAAUACCUCAUGUGCAACCGGUUCACAACCAGCCUCAGGAAGCUCCGAAUGUUCAAGAUAAUCGAAAUGAAGUCGCCGAUGACCCCUCAGAAGCAAUCAAAGCUGGUGACAAUGACGACGUUGAUGAUGACUUGUCAGUUCCAGAGGGAGUAGAUGAAGAUGAGAAUUUGCAACAGGAAGAAGAACCAAACGUUCCUACAGAUGUUCCUAUUCCUAAUCAAGGUACAGAAGAUGAAGAACAAGAAGAAGAUGAAACUCUAAAUCGAACUCUAUGA